AUAAAGAAGAUAUUGGGCUGUUAUCCGGUUGUCAUAGUUGAUCGUAUUUUGCCAGUCUUCAAGGCUUUUAUUGGAGUUAAAGGUAUCUCCCUUGAGUCAAGAAUCCUGCAUCUUAUUCCUUAGGACUUGGUAUUUCACAACAGAUUGUAGCUAUAGUAUAAGCUGUGACAAUGACAACUGAAGUUGGUUCAGAAACAGAAGUAAAGAAAGAUUCUGAGCAUGUGGGACCAGACAAAGCCAAAGACAAGCCUGAAGAAGCAUCAGAGACUGUAGAAAAUGAAAAGUCCAGGAAAACAUCCUCUGAAGAAGCUCAAGAUUCUUCCUCUGUCCCAGCACCAGCAAGCCAUAGUAGCCCAAGUAGCCAGAAGAAGGAAAAAGAUUCAUCUGAAAGCAAGGGUAUUUCUCGCUUCCUUCCUCCCUGGCUUAAGAAACAAAAAUCCUAUACUCUGGCAGAGCCUAAAGAUGAGGCCAAGAAAAGAGCAGCAGGGGAAGAACAAGUAGUUGAAGACAGUGAAUGCCAUCCACCAGAGGGGAUUGCACAGCCAAAAAGGAUUUUAGAAGUGGUGGCUGAGAAUAAUGCUAAAGCAGAUGACAAAGAAGAAAAACACUCUGUUAGUAGUGCUGAAACACAGCCUGCCAAAGAAGACGGUAAAGAAACAGAAGUAGAAAAGGUUGCAGAGGAAAAGGAAGAAAAACAAGACAAGGAAAAAAGGGAGACGAAAGAAGUGCAGACAGCUGAAAUUAUUUCCCAGAAAUCUCCCAAGAAAAUUAAAACCGUGCAGUGUAAAGUGGUUCUCUUGGAUGGCACGGAAUACAGCUGCGAUCUAGAGAAAAGAGCAAAAGGCCAAAUACUGUUUGACAAAGUGUGUGAGCAUCUCAAUUUAUUGGAAAAGGACUAUUUUGGGCUGUUGUUCUAUGAGAAUUCAGAUCAAAAGAACUGGUUAGAUUCUUCAAAGGAAAUCAAGAGACAAAUUCGAAGUUUACCUUGGCUGUUCACCUUUAAUGUGAAAUUUUAUCCUCCUGAUCCUUCACAAUUGACUGAAGACAUCACUAGAUAUUUCUUGUGCCUACAGCUUCGCCAGGAUAUUGCUUCUGGUCGACUGCCAUGUUCUUUUGUGACUCACGCCCUCCUUGGUUCAUAUACCCUGCAGGCUGAAAUGGGUGAUCAUGACCCAGAGGAGCACCAUGGUGACUAUAUCAGUGAAUUCCAAUUUGCACCCAAUCAAACCCAAGAAAUGGAAGAGAAAGUAGCUGAGCUACACAAAACACACAGGGGCUUGACUCCAGCACAGGCGGAUUCCCAGUUCCUAGAAAAUGCUAAGAGACUUUCCAUGUAUGGAGUGGAUUUACAUCAUGCCAAGGAUUCUGAAGGUGUCGAUAUCAUGCUGGGUGUAUGUGCUAACGGACUGCUCAUUUACAAAGAUAGACUACGGAUCAACCGCUUUGCUUGGCCAAAAAUUCUGAAGAUUUCCUAUAAGCGAAGCAAUUUCUACAUCAAAAUCAGGCCAGCAGAACUGGAACAGUUUGAGAGCACUAUUGGGUUCAAACUGCCAAACCACCGGGCUGCUAAAAGGUUAUGGAAGGUUUGUGUGGAGCACCAUACUUUCUUCAGACUUCUAUCACCAGAACAGCCUCCAAAAGCAAAGUUUCUAACCUUGGGUUCUAAGUUUCGCUACAGCGGACGUACACAAGCACAGACACGACAGGCUAGCAACCUCAUAGACAGACCAGCUCCAUACUUUGAGCGCACUUCAAGCAAACGUGUUUCCAGAAGUCUUGAUGGAGCUCCUAUGGGUAUCUCAGACCAAAAUCUGCUAAGAGACUUCCCUACUGCAGGAAGGCAGUCUGCAGGAGAUAAAAUCAUUGACCUUGAAGCUGCUGGGCAGGGCAAGUUGAAAGAAGGUGGCAGAGAAGAUGAUAUGAGCCCGCUCAAAACUCCACAAUUAGAGUUGACUCAGGAUGGAAAGAGCAAUUCCUUGAGAGUAGACGGGGAAAAUAUUUAUGUCAGACAUAGCAAUUUAAUGUUGGAGGACCUGGAUAAGACCCAGGAUGACUUACUGAAACACCAGGCUAGCAUUAGUGAGCUCAAGCGCAAUUUCAUGGAAUCCACACCUGAACCACGCCCAAAUGAGUGGGAAAAGCGGCGUAUCACACCUCUGUCCCUACAGACACAAGGGAAAAAAGGAGACCACAUUUUCCAAGUGAAAAUACUGCCCGGGAAGGAGAAGCAAUGGACUGCAAUGCCACGGAUUGCUGGAACAAAGCCAGAGGAAAUUGAUAAGAGCCUAGAAGAAGAGAUAACGUCCAUUUUAUUUAGCCAAGAGGCCUUUCGCUCCGGCACGGCCCGGCCCUUCGCCGCAGCCCGCGCGGGGCCAGCAGAGGGCGCUGCGGGGGAAGCGACCGAGACCGGCUCCGACACCGCCGCCUCGGGACCGGCCCCGGGCCCAGCCCGGGCCCAGCCCGCCCCGCCGCCGCCCCAGAGACAUGCUUCCAGAACAGAAGGGCCUUGCACUGGAGUCAGCGAUGCUGAUAAGAGUUCACAUGAGACUCUGGACAUAGUGGAGGAGAAGAAGCAGGCAGAGGUUGGGAUAGAAGAAACACUAGUCGUAGAUGAAACCGACAAAGGGAAAAUGCAAGUUGCAGCUGAUGCUGGGGAAACAUGUAAGGUGGAGCAUCUAUCAAAAAAGGACUCUUCUUCAUUGCCAUCGUAUAGUAGCAGCAGCAGUAGUAGUGAGAGUGAGGAUGAAGAGGUGGGAGAAUACCAACCACAUCAUAGGGCAAUUGAGGAAGUCAUCAGGGAAGAACAGGAAGAAGAAGAUGUGAAAAGGAGAGAACUUGAAGAAAAAAUACAGCAUGUGGAAGCCACACCGCAAGGCAGUAAGCUAACUGUACCAGUUGAGAGCACACAAGUUACAGCUGAAGAUUUGGUCCAGGAAAACGCAGUUAUCAUACCUACAGAGGAAAAGAAUUUGUCAGAGGAACUUAAGGAAGACUUAGGUGAAGAAAAGGAGGAAGAACAGCUCAAACUCAAUGGAGAUGUGUCUCAUGUUGACAUUGAUGUUGCAGCACAAAUAAUUUGUUGUUCUGAGCCUCCAGUAGUGAAAACGGAGAUGGUAACCAUUUCAGAUGCCACACAGAGAACUGAAAUUUCCACAAAAGAAGUUCCAAUUGUUCAAACAGAAACUAAAACCAUCACAUAUGAAUCUCCACAGUUUGAUGGCAGCGCUGGUGGCAGUGCUGGUGUGUUGCUGAGUGCACAGACAAUUACGUCAGAGUCAAUUUCUACUACCACAACUACACACAUCACCAAGAUGGUAAAAGGUGGGGUAUCAGAAACAAGAAUUGAGAAGCGAAUUGUCAUUACUGGAGAUGGAGACAUUGACCAUGAUGAGGCCCUGGCACAGGCAAUCAAAGAAGCCAAAGAACAGCACCCUGACAUGUCUGUCACAAGAGUAGUGGUGCACAAAGAAACGGAACUUGCUGAGGAAGAUGAAGACUAAAAUAAAAAAUGUCCUCAAGCAAACAUUUCAGAAAUGAAAAUGAUACUGACCAUGUGCAUAACCAUGAAGAACUGUGAUCAUUCCAAGUCAUCACUACUCAGCCGAAUUCACCGAGCCUAGCAAUGAUGACCAGAUGUUUAAGACUGAAAUGCCAAUACCAAACUCCAUGUUAACAUCUUUGGUCUAUGUUCCCUUACAAUCUUUCUUGUUUAUUUUUUUUAUAACCACUUCUUAACAAACUUAGACUUUUUUAAAUGAAGUUUUAGAGGGUAUGAUCUUCUUUUUCACAAAUAUUUGCAUUUUUUGAAGCUGAUUCUUGAUUAUAUGAAAGUGAACACAAAAGAAGUCUGGAAAGCAUUGUUCACUGGAGCAGGUAGUAAUUGUGCAAAAAAGGAGAUCUUAACUAAUUUAGAUAGUGGGUUUUUUCCCAAAUAUUUCAAACGAAGUCUUUCUGGAAUAAUUUACAUUUUUUUCAGAUUAUUCAGGUAAAUAUAUAGUAUCACAUAACAAAGAUUUUUAUAAAAAUACAACAUUUCCUAAAAUUUGAAAGAAAUAUUUUUCUUUGAAUAAAUUUUAUACUGAUAUCUCCUGUAACUCUUUCUGUUCUAAGGUUCUCCUCUCUGUGGGGCAGAGAUGGUGUGGUAGUCUGUAGAGGAGGAGGAGUUACAAAGAAAAUUCUUCUGACUGAGCACUGUGUUCUUUUUGCACUUUGGUGCCAAUGCUCAUCUUUUCACAGACAUUUUGCAGUCUGCAACAUUCCAGAUAAGGAAAGAAGGAAUAACAAAAUAUCUUUCUCUUCUUCCAACAAGAGAUGAUCUAGGCAGCUUAAAACCUUAGUGCUUUUUUUUGUUACUGUGUCCAAACUUCAACACUUCCAUUAUUUGAACACACCUGUAGAAUGCUUGCUUUCUAUUAAACCUCACUGCCUACAUGUUAGAACUGACAUUUCUGCUAUUGAGGAGGGAUAUGUUUCAGAUGCUUUGCCUAAUGGUUAAUGCAGGUUUCUAGGAUACUGAGUAAAAAGUGCGUGAUGGAUUCCAUUCAUAAAGUAAUGAGACAGUACCAUCAUUUGAAACCGCCAUUUGAGACUGAGAAAACCUGUUAAUUAUUUUGGAUUUGUUGUUGUUGUUGUUCUUGGGAGGUUGCCUGUUUUGGGGUUUGUUUGUUUUGUUUUUGUUCUGCUGUUGACUCUGUGUAUAGUUAAAAUGCCAAAUUAGAUUUAUAGCAGCUUGAAGUUGUAUUAAGUGUUAUUUUUGCUUUCUGUAAUUCUAUUAUAAAAUAAAGUUGUUUAUUCUCUGUAUGACUAUUGGCACUCAGACAUAAAUUUGGUAAUAUUUAAAAUGAGUAAAUCAAUUUUGAGAAAUGCAAUUUUAGAAGCCACAGAACCUUGAGAAGUAGGGAAUAAAUAGUACAGAUAGUCUCCAGGGUUACCUGAAGGGUGGUGGCACGAUUAUCAGUUGUCUUCUAUAUUUGUGUGGUUUUUAGGUGUCUUGCAAUAAGCAUCCUGUUUUCUGUGAUCCAGAGAAGAAGAAAUCUUAAAGACUCCAAAAAAAAGAAGAUUUGGACAAUACUACACAUGUUAAAAUAGCCCAGUUGACAAGUCAUUCUACCAAGUUCAUUGAAUUAGAGGUACUAUGAUUUUAAAGUAACAAAUCAUACUACCUCUCAGUACAAUUUUUUCUCACUUCUGAGUGAUGUAUUUUUGGUGCUGUUCUCAGUUUAGAUUGCUGCCAUCUGUCAGCAUGCUUGGUUAACACAUUCCUUUUAGUUUUGGCUUUGUGUAAUUUUGAUACUGUAAUACAAUAGUAACCAAGAUGUUCAUUUAUAUAUGCAUACAGGUGUUCUUAAUUACAUCCCACAUUAGCCUGAAAAAUACCAGAUUAAAAAAAAAAAACGCCCAACCUAAUUAACUAAAAACACUACUAUGACUUUGUGCAUGAGCAAGGAGGUGGUCAAGAAAGUAGUAAGUGUUGGAUACAUAAGAGAAGGUCAUAAUGGAGACGUAUGCAUUUAAGGGGAUGUUUUUAUGGGUUUAUAUAAAAAGUGUGUAAGAAAAAGCUCUACAGAGUCUUAAAGGCAUUUUUGACGUUGUGUGGUAUUAGUUACAGAACUUGUUUGGUGUGAAGAAAGUCAAUUCUUUAUUGAGUUGGAUCUUUGAUUUGUUAGGCACUAGAUCGAUUCUGUUUUUUAUUGCAAUUGUAUUUAAUCCUUAAAACUGCAAAUAUAAUAUUUUUGAAAACAAU